GAAAAAAAAUAAUAAGACCGCUUGUCGAUUCGGAGAACGAAACUCGCUGCUGCCAUUUCCAAUCAGGCAGUAAACCCUAAACCUCCAAAAUUCAGAAACCCUAAUUGGAUUCUAUCCCGCAUGCAUUGGUCAAUCUACGUAUGGCAUCUUCAGAGAUCGAGGUAGUGUCAUCGGAAUCCAAAACGCAGCCGGAGCAAAGUCCUAAUGGCAACGCACCUACUGUGAUCGAUGUUUUCUCCGCUUCUGCUUAUGGAGAUUUGGAGAAACUGUGCAGAUUUGUUGAACAGGACGGUGCUUCUCUCUCUAAGCCUGAUGGCAAUGGGUACUAUGCUCUCCAAUGGGCUGCUCUCAACAACUUCGCUGAUAUCGCACAAUACAUAAUCGAGCACGGGGGCGAUGUGAAUGCAGCUGAUAAUAUGCAGCAGACAGCAUUGCACUGGGCUGCGGUUAGGGGUUCAAUUGCUGUGGCAGAUGUGCUGUUGCAGAAUGGAGCUCGAGUCGAGGCAACUGAUAUAAAUGGCUAUCGGGCAGUUCAUGUUUCUGCCCAGUAUGGACAAACAGCUUUCUUAAAUCACAUUGUUGCAAAGUAUCAUGCUGAUUUUGAUGCACCAGACAAUGAAGGGAGGAGCCCUCUUCAUUGGGCUGCAUACAAGGGAUAUGCUGACACGAUUAGAUUACUUCUAUUUCGAGAUGCAAGCCAAGGAAGACAGGAUAGAGAAGGUUGUACCCCUUUGCACUGGGCUGCAUUAAGAGGAAAUGUAGAGGCAUGCACAGUUCUUGUACAUGCUGGCACAAAGCAGGAGCUGACAGUGAAGGAUAAAGCCGGAUUUACUCCUGUUCAGCUUGCAUCUGAUAAAGGUCAUCGGCAUGUCGCCCUUUUCCUUUCUAAUGCACAACGGGCACAAAGCAAACACUUGGGUGACAAAAUUUGCCAUGGGAAGAUAGGCGGCAUUGGUUAUGCUCCCAUCUUAUUUUCUAUUAUAAUCUUUCUUAUGUUCCUCUUUGUUAAUUCUGUUAUUGCAGCUCCAAGUCUUCCAAAAAUAACGGCUAUUGUUGGACUCUGGGGAUGGACUGCUCUUUCCCUGGCUGUUGUUUCACUGAUCAUGUUCUACAAGUGUAGUAGUAAAGAUCCAGGUUUUAUCAAAAGACUUGAAGAUUUGGGUAGAGAUACAGAUACAGAGGCAUUAAAAGAAGUGGUAUCUGUCUCGUUUCUUUCUUUCCUUGCUUCUACCUUAAACUGGAUAUUCUCAGAGGUCUUUCCUUCCUUUUCCUGCCAGGAUCCCUUAUUAAAUGUCGAUCUGAACCACUCCUCUGUAUGGAUGGGUAAUUGGUCUCAGCUUUGCCCUACCUGCAAGAUAAUUAGACCCGUUCGCUCCAAGCACUGCCCCUCAUGUAAGCGCUGUGUAGAGCAAUUUGACCAUCACUGCCCUUGGAUAUCUAACUGUGUGGGGAAGAGGAACAAACGGGACUUCUUCAUUUUUUUAUGCCUGGGAACUUUGACGUCAUUCCUUGGUGCUGCUAUUACAGUUCAAAGAAUUUGGACAGCUGUGGAGUCAUUGCAUACAGAAGGAAGAUGGAUUCAUUAUGUGGUUGUUCAACAUCCUGGGGUUGUUACAUUUUUGGUUUUGGACAUGAUUAUUUUCAUUGCUGCCACAACUUUAACCAUAGCACAAGCGUCACAGAUAGCUCGGAAUAUCACCACUAAUGAACUUGCAAAUGCUGCUCGUUAUGGAUAUCUUCGGAGUCCAGAUGGACGGUUUCGGAAUCCGUACAACCAUGGGUGCCGAAAGAAUUGUGCAGAUUUCCUUAUUCAGGGCUAUACAGAUGAUGAUGAAAUUGCUUGGCCACCAUUACAGCAGGCUGCCAGCUAGAACUAAUGCAACGACAUGCUGCUUUGCUUGGUGGAAUCCCCCUUGCAAAUGCCAAGAUCCUUGUACUGUUGUGCAGUUCUCAUUCAUAUUGAUGUAUAAACUUGGCCAUAUACAUAGUACAAUGAUCAUUCCAUGUACAUCCAAUCCCACAAAAUAAAAAUAGAAAUUGAUGUGAAAUAAUUAAAAAUACCCCUUUCAUGCUGUAUUAGUAACUAGGUUUAUUUUAGUUGGGGGUAAGUAGAUUAAAGAAAUAUAACUUUUUGGGAAGUACAAAAAAGAGUCAUGUUUGGUUUGUAUUAUCAAAUCAAUUUCCCAGGAAGUGGGUCAUUCUACUAAAUAGCACUUUUCUAAUUUGUUAUACUUGACGUAUAUCCAUUCUUUUGAAAGAACUUAUUAUUUUGCCGA